AUGGCUACCUUCGCUGCUGUUGAUCGCGCUGAGAAGUCUGGAGUUGCCCUCGAGGCCCAGCAGAAGAUUCACGGAAAGUACGAUCAGGAGCUCGCUUCGGAAAUUCUUCGCUGGGUCCAGGCGGUCACUGGACAACAAAUCGACACCAAUGGAUCAAUUACGAACUUCAUUGAGCUUUUCCGUAACGGAACUCUUCUUUGCACACUCGCCAAUGCGUUGAAGCCGGGUUCGAUCAAGAAGGUGAACACCUCUUCGAUGGCUUUCAAACAAAUGGAGAAUAUCUCAUUCUUCCUCAAGUUUGCUGAGGAGUUUGUCGCCAAGUCUGAACUUUUCCAGACUGUUGAUUUGUACGAAGGCCAAGAUCCGAAUGCGGUUCUCAUUUGCCUUUCGGCGUUGGCGCGCAAGAGCCAGAAGCACUUUGGCGUCGAGGGUCUUGGUCCGAAAGAAGCUGAAGCUGAGAAGCGGCAAUGGACUGAAGAGCAGCUCAAGGCUGGUCAGGGUGUGAUUGGACUUCAGAUGGGAAGCAACAAAGGCGCGAACGCAUCGGGAAUCAACUUUGGCAACACCCGCCAUAUGUAA